GCAUCACGUCGCUCUUUGUCCUCCCGACGGAGGGCACCGUCCGCUGCGACAACUGCGUGCUCAACUCGCCAACCUGCUCGGCGGAGGUGGACGUGACGGAGGCGCUCAAGGAGGCGGGCAUCCCUCGCGCGCGCGCGGUGCUGCACGCGCUCGCCUUCGACAUCGCCACGCAGACCGCCAUGACGCUCGAGCAGGCGGGCGUGCCGCCGCCCGAGCUGAGCUCGCCGACGCUCUCCUUCGAGGUGGACGUCUCGGAGGGCAGCGAGGACAAGGAGGAGGUGGUGGCGCUGCAAAUGCUCCUCAACGCCGUCUUCACGACCAGCCUCAAGGUCGACGGUGUCGUUGGCAAGGCGACGGCGGACGCUAUCAAGGCGGCGCAGGCUGCCGCGGCGCUCCCGGAGGACGGCGUCGCCGGGCCAAAGACCAAGGCGGCGCUGCUGCUGGCGCGCGCCGCCCUCUCGGCGGCGCCGCAGGCGGACGAGCGCUACAAGGAGGUGGUCCGGCGGCUCCUCGUUGCCGCCAAGGCGCAGCCCGUCAGGUGGACCCUGCGGCGCGACGACGAGCCGGGCGAGGGGCUGGACGAGUGGAUGGACGCCGCGCAGGUCGAGCUCGAGCGCGCCUUUGGUGCGUGGAGCAAGGCCUGCCGCCCGUCCUCGCUCGCCCUGGAGUCCCUCCCGACCAUCUCCUUCGAGUACACCGCGGAGGAGGCCGACGCGCACAUCCUCCUCUCCUUCGCCAAGCUCGCCACCGCCCACGAGGCGCGCGACGGGCCGGGAGGCAAGCUCGCGCAGACGACGGCGGCCUCGGAAGGCUCUUCCCCUCUGGUGCACAUCGCCUUUGACGAGGCGGAGCGCUGGGAGCUGGCCAACCUCCCCCACCCGCAGCGCGCCGACGGCACGCUUGACGACGACUUCUUCUUCCAGCUCCUCCCGUUCUCCUUUCCUUUCUUUUGCUCCCUCACAGGCCUCGCUCUCGGCCUCGGCCUCUCCCUCGCGGGCGGCGCGCUCGACACCAUGUCGCCCUUCUACGCGGCCGGCAACACCGCCGUCUCCGCGCGCGCUGGUGAGGAGCUGCAGCAGAAGCUCCGGGAGGCGUGA